AUGGCAAAGUCUCACUCCGUUUCCCCUUCGAGAAUGCACACGGAAUUUGCAGCUAGCACAACAUUCACCCUUCUUCCUGAAGCCAUUCCACCGGAAUCUGUACUGUAUUUUCACGGGAAGGUGACACGUGAGCAAGCAGAACAGCUACUUAUUGCUCACAAGGCAACAGAAGGACUGUUUUUGCUCCGUGAAUCUGUCAAUGGAAAUUAUGUCAUUUCUAUUUGUCAUAUGAAUCGCGUUCAUCAUUACAAUGUAGAACGUCAACCGGACGGAUAUUUCAAAAUACAAACAGGAAGACGGUUUGUCGGCCCGGUGGAACUCGUUCGGCAUCACUCGGAGCACCUUGACGGAUUUCUCACUCUUGCUCGAACGCCACUUAACAUCCCUGAAGGUUGUUCCCCGCUCGUCUUGCAGGGUGUUCCGUUAGAUGAGUUGGAACAGAAGCUUCGCCUCAAAGCAGUAGAAAUGGGUUUAAAGGUCCGUAAUUAA